CGUCGGGCUCGGAGCCCGCGCGACGCCCCGCCGGAGCCCCGGGAAGGGUGCGCACACCCGGAAGUCCCCCAGCACGGCCCCUGCCAGAUGUGGGGGGCAGCCGCCCAGAGGCAUGCCCCCUUCCGGGCCCUGCCCCGGCCACCUGCUGCUGCUGCUGCUGGCCUACCAGCCCCAGGCCCCCUCCGCCCAGGUGAUGGACUUCCUGUUCGAGAAGUGGAAGCUCUACCGUGACCAGUGUCACUACAACCUGAGCCUGCUGCCCCCGCCCACGGAGCUGGUCUGUAACAGAACGUUUGACAAGUACGCCUGCUGGCCCGACACGCCCCCCAACACCACCGCCAACGUCUCCUGCCCCUGGUACCUGCCCUGGUACGACAAAGUGCAGCACCGCCUGGCGUUCCGGAGGUGCGGGCCCGACGGGCAGUGGGUGCGCGGGCCCCAGGGGCAGCCCCGGCGCGAUGCCUCCCAGUGCCAGAUGGACAGCAAGGAGGUCGAGGUCCAGAAGGAGGUCGCCAAGCUGUACCGGAGCUUCCAGGUGAUGUACACCACGGGGUACAGCCUGUCGCUGGCGGCCCUGCUCCUGGCCCUGGCGGUGCUCCUGGGCCUCAGCAAGCUGCACUGCACCCGCAACUACAUCCACGGGAACCUGUUUGCGUCCUUCGUGCUCAAGGCCGGCUCGGUGCUGGUCAUCGACGGGCUGCUCCAGACCCGCUACGGCCAGAAGAUCGGGGACGACCUCAGCGUCGGCGUCUGGCUCAGCGGCGGGGCGGUGGCCGGCUGCCGCGUGGCCGCGGUGGUCAUGCAGUACGGCGUCGUGGCCAACUACUGCUGGCUGCUGGUGGAGGGCGUGUACCUGCACGGCCUGCUCCGCCGCGCCGCCGUCCCCAAGAGGAGCUUCUUCGCCGUCUACCUGGGCAUCGGCUGGGGCGCGCCCUUGCUGUUCGUCAUCCCCUGGGCGGUGGUCAAGGGCCUGUUUGAGAACGUCCAGUGCUGGACCAGCAAUGACAACAUGGGCUUUUGGUGGAUUCUGCGCGCCCCCGUCUUCCUGGCCAUCCUGAUCAACUUCUGCAUCUUUGUCAGAAUCCUCCACCUGCUCGUGGCCAAGCUGCGCGCCCGGCAGAUGCACCACGCGGACUACAAGCUCCGGCUGGCCAAGUCCACGCUCACCCUCAUCCCCCUCCUGGGCGUCCACGAGGUGGUCUUCGCCUUCGUGACCGACGAGCAGGCCCAGGGCGCCCUGCGCUCCACCAAACUCUUCUUCGACCUCUUCCUCAGCUCCUUCCAGGGCCUGCUGGUGGCGGUUCUCUACUGCUUCUUCAAUAAGGAGGUGCAGGCGGAGCUGCUGCGGCGCUGGCGGCGCUGGCGGGAGGGCACGGUGCUGCGGGACGAGCAUCUCUCCGGCAGCCAGGUGUCCCCCUGCCAGAAGCUGCAGCUCCUGAGGGACGGCGGCGGGGGCGGCCGGGACCCCUCCGCGGAGACCCCCUCGGCGGACAGCCCGCCUGAGUCUCCGCUGGACCCUGGCCACGAUGGACUCAGCCCGGGCACCACCCUGGGCGUGGGCGUGGGGGGGCCGGCUCGAGUGGCGUCCGAGGCAGCUGGGCUGGAGUGCGUGGCGGGGCCCGGGGCUCGCGUCCUCGGCGGCACCCUCCCGCCGCCCGUGCCCCCCGCGGUGGCGGAGUGCGUCCUGGCUCAGGACCGGGACGGGGUGCUGAGGGGCGGGGCCCGGACUCUGGGGCGCUCCUGA